ACCAGCGAAGUAUACGUCGAUCUUUAGUAAUUUCUUCUUUUCACGUUAUAAAAUUUCUUUUUUUUGAUAUUUCCUUAUUUUAAUAGGUUUAUUUUUAUAUAAAAUUAGGAAAAAAAUUAUUUCUUAUUUGUUUUCUUUUUCACACUUUUUUACUUUGGUGGAUUUUUGCAAAUAAGUUAAAAUUGAUUAUUACAAAAAAUUUGAAAAUUGAUUAAAAAAUGAGCUCAAAUAUACUGAUAAAGUUGUGUGGAACUAGAUUUUUAAAAAAUGUUGUUUACGAUCAAAAACCAAAGUGGAUCACUGUUGGCAGAAGUUUUAGCAUUACAAUGUCACGUGUCAUACUGAAGGAAUCGCCGAAUGCGGCCUUAGACAAAACCUUGUUAAAUAAGUACCUCGACCUGCCUCAACCGGAAAAUAAAAUUCAAGCGAAAUACAUCUGGAUUGAUGGUACCGGUGAAAGCUUGCGAAGCAAAACUAGGACGGUAGAUUUUAUACCAAAACAUCCAUCAGAUUUACCAAUAUGGACCUUCGACGGUAGUUCAACUUACCAAGCAGACGGCGCAAACAGCGAUAUUUUCCUAUGUCCGGUGGCAAUUUAUAACGACCCCUUUCGUCGUGGAAAUAACAAAUUAGUAUUAUGUGAUACCUACUACAGUGACAUGACUCCAACUACAUCUAACAAACGUUCCAAAUGUAAUCAGGCUAUGGAAGCUAUUAAAGAUGAAGAUCCAUGGUUCGGAAUUGAACAAGAAUAUACUUUCCUUGAUUUUGAUGGUAGACCACUUGGUUGGCCAAAAAAUGGUUUCCCUAAGCCUCAAGGACCUUACUAUUGUGGUGUAGGCGCCGACAAAGUAAUUGGUCGCGAAAUCGUCGAGGCUCAUUAUCGAGCUUGCCUUUAUGCUGGUGUAAAAAUUGCCGGUACUAAUGCAGAAGUUAUGCCCUCACAAUGGGAAUUUCAAGUCGGUCCAUGUAGUGGAAUAUCUGCUGGGGAUGACUUAUGGAUUGCUAGAUUUAUUCUUCAUCGUGUAGCUGAGGAGUUUGGUGUGAUUGUUAGUUUAGAUCCGAAAAUUAUGGAUGGUUCGUGGAAUGGUGCAGGUGCACAUACAAACUUCUCGACAAAAUCGAUGCGUGCCGAAAAUGGUAUUGCCGAAAUUGAGAAAGCAAUUGAUAAGUUGAGCAAGCAACAUCUAAGGCACAUUCAAGCAUAUGAUCCACGCGGAGGAAAAGACAAUGAGCGACGUCUGACUGGAAAAUGCGAGACCAGUAGUAUAUACGACUUCAGUGCUGGUGUGGCCAAUCGUAAUGUUAGUAUUCGCAUUCCUCGUGGAGUUGCUGAAGAAAAGAAAGGUUAUUUGGAAGACAGAAGACCUAGCAGUAAUUGCGAUCCUUACUCGGUGUGUCAUGCUUUGGUGCGCACUUGUGUCCUAAAUGAAUAAAAAAACUUCAAAUUAUUUCCAAACAGGCAGCGGAAAGGAGAAAUUGGACGAAAAAUUUUGUAGUGCAAUAGUGAUCGUAUCUUCGUGAAGCAUAUUCAAUGAAAAUGUAUGUAAAAUUAUUUCUAAAAUUAAAAAUGUAAAAAAAAAAAAAAAAAGAGGAUAAAUGCGAGCGAGAUAUUUGAUAGAAACAUAAAUUUACUUUUUCUUCUUUUGUUUUAAUGUAUUUUGCAAAAUUUUUGCAAAUCAAACGAUUUAUAUUUUUUAUUUAAUAUGUUUAAAGAAUAUAAUAAGAUCGUUAAAAUUAUAUAUGUAUACAUUAAAUAUUAAGAGAAAGUUAUUUUUCGAUUAUUUUCCGCGCACAGAAUGUUUAAUGCUUUUUACAGUUAUUUAAUUAUAGCAUCGCAAUAAGAUGAAUUUCAUUUGUUAUAUCGUUUAAUAUAUUGCAUAAAUGUUUUGAAAUCAGAAUGAUUCAUCAACUAUUGUUCAUAAAUCUUGGUGCUCAUAAGAAGAAAAUAGAGAAGAAAAUAUGUAUGUCAAAUAUGAAUAUGUAUACUAUAUUUCAAUGAUAUAUUGCAUUUUUUGGAACAAAUUUUGCGAUCAGUUCAUAUGCAAUAAAUCAUCUGAUUGUUUCCUUCCUGAGUGCUAUGAUUUAAAAUAUUAGGAUAACAGAUUUUAAGGCUAGACGCGAUAAUCUUAUGAAAGUACUAUAAAACUGCAUAUAUUUAAUCUUCCGCAUCUCUUUUGUUUUUUAAUACAUUUGAAAAUGUAUAUUUGGUUAAAAUACUACAGUGAUAUGAAACGAUUUAUAUAUUGUUUAUAAAAUUUAUCAUUUAAACGAAUAUUAUUACAGAAUAAAGUAAAAUAAAUACAUAACGCUUAAUAUUAUAUAAACAUUAUGUUUUAAUAAAAUAUACGUAUUUUUUGAAUAAAUAUAAAUAUCUUUUGGUACCUGAAAUGCUAGAAUGAGUGCCAUCGAUUAUAUAUCGCUAUAAUGAUAUAUUAUAUUUUAUAAAGGCACAAUAAAUUGGAAAGUUCAAUAAACACGUCCUUUAUCACA